AUGUUCCUUAACGUCGACUUGCCGGAGAGCGCUGACGAGAUCGAAGGAAUUUUCGACGGGGACGCGGUCGAAGUGGUCUAUGUCACCGCGCCUGGAGGAUACAAGUUCAGAUUCAAGUUCUACUUCGAGUGGGAGCUCAUCGAAAUGCCCUCCGCCAACGGCACGCUGGUCGCGAUUGGAGACAACGAACGAGAGCCAAUUUUCCCGGAUGGCGUCAAUGUGCACUCAGUUCCGACGACAGGAAUCUGCGGGCCAGAACACUUCGCCCCUGCCGCGCUCGGUAUCUUUGCCACCGAAUUAGACUCGACUGCAGCUCCAGAAACGGCGAUGGAGGGCUUCUCCAAAUUCGCAGCUGCGAUGACUGGCUUCGACAAAUACUUUGACUCGCACUUUGCUGAAUAUUGCGCCCUGGAGUCGACCCAGCUCCCUUGCGAGUUUUUCCACUUCCAGGACGACGUUACUGCUCAAUUUCUUUUCGGUCACUUGGAGGCGCUAGUCGGCCAUAUCAUCAGCCACUGCGACGACGGAUUCGGCCAUCUCUGGUUGAAAGAACUCAGCGAGCUCGAAUCAUGGAUUGGAGGCGAGAUUCCAACUGUCAUCGUUCCCGAAUUCAAUCAAGUCACGGUCAAGGACGGCAAUCUUUGCGACGAAUGUCUGGUAGACGCAGACUGCGGCGAUUUCCAUGAGAAAUGGAUGCGAUGCUCCUCGGAGACCAAGCAGUGCGUCUGUGGCAAUCACUGGGUUGAUGCCAAUGGAGACCCAACUGACGGUUGCGAGGCUUUCUCCGGCGACUACACUCUCAACCACAAUCAGUGCUCUGGCGAAAAUCCACCAAAAACAACUACCACCGUCAAAACAACGACAACAACGAACAAGUGGCAAACAACUUCUAAACCAACAACUACCACAACAAAGACGACAACAACAAAAAGCACAACGGAAGCAACAAUUCCAUCUCUCUGCGGAUCUUGCUCGAGCAACAGCGAUUGCGGAAAGAAGUCCAAGUAUCACAUGGUCUGCUCGGACGAGGGCCAAUGCAUCUGCGACAAUCAAUGGAUCAGCACUUCUGAAAACAAUUUUGACGGUUGCCGAACGUUCAGCGCGGGCUACGAAAAGGACCAGGAGCAGUGCUCGCCCAAGACCACCACCGCGCCUCAGAACAUUGAUGAGACGACCGCAAUUGUUGAUCACGCCAAGGUGUUCAACGUCAUCGAGGUCGGUAACAAUUGCCCGCAGCAGUGGUUGAAGACGCCAAUGGAGGACGAUAACAACCUUUGGAACGAGUUCGACGAUGGCCUUCAUGAACAUGAUGAGCCAAUGUGCGCCUUUGAAAAUCUACCAGCUUGCACGAAACCCCUUUUCGCCGGCGUCGCUGCUUCCGCCUGCCACUCUUCGACGCUGAUUUCCAACUACAACGCUGUCGCCGACGAGCUGGCCCGAGUCUCCGUCUCUGGCGACUUUGACCGAACUUGCGUGUUUGCUAUUGCCCGUGCUCCCUGCUCCGCGCUCGAUUUCAAGGCCAUUUCCGAUCCACGAGAGUACGCUUACAAAUUCGCCGAAGUCGUCAAGACCUUUGCCAUUGAAAAAUGCGGCAAGAGCCAUUUGAAGAAUUCGCUCGGACCGAUGCUCAUGCAAAACGUCGAAAUCUUGGAAAACGCUGCUAAUGGAAACUGCCCAGCCGAGCUCGGGGAUUUCGUCUUUGACGCUGAAGCUUUCGACGAGACGGAUUUCAGCGAUGUUCCAGUUCAUACAACCACGACUACUACAGUUGCCCCGGAAAAGGAUGUCCAACAAACUACUCCAAAAUCAAUUGACGGAAAAUUCACAACGCUCAAGGACGGCCAAUGCACUUCUAAAGCUUACGGUCGAUUGGCCACCGUCGUCUUCGAUGCCAGAGCUUUCGAUCUCGUCGACGCCGACACCGCCAAAGCCAACUUCAAAAGGUUCGCGGACGAAAUCGGCCGAUUGGGAAAGAAAACGCAAAAGUACGAAAUGCAGCGCGGCGAACGACCAGAUUGCGAAGUUGCUACUUCCGGAAAGAUGCCCUGCGAACUCCUUGACUUUCCUUCAAAAGAAAUGGCUUGCCAACUUGCUGAGCGGGCAAAGAAGCUUUACUUGCAUGUCAGAACUUCUUGCAACAAUGCUUGGAUUAACAUCUACGGACAGACAAUUUCUUCUCUCGUCGAAGCAGCUGAACCGGUUUCUGGAAGCUGCCCGCAAAUUGGCGAACGAAUGGAAAAGCAAUUGCUCCAAGAAUACACCGAGCGUCAUGCAGAGGAAAACGACGGCGUCGACUUCAAACAGCAAAUCAAAGAGAUUAGAGAUGCAGUCAAAGAAGAUAAGGCGGAGAGGAAGAGAGAACGAGGCAGCAAGAAAAUGCGACGAGAAGACCGAGAGAAGAACAAGCUCAAGAACAUGGCGCGGCGGCGAAUUGAAUCGGCGAUGGUCGAAGUUAACAAGAAACAACAGAAACUUGAGCAGCUGAGAAUUGCCAUUGCCGCGGCAGAGGCUGGAAACUACGCUCUUUUGGCCCGCGACGAAGAGAACGACGUUGUGGUGGAGGAGAACGAUUCCGGCAUGCUGAUGGACUUCGGAGGCGAGUUGUACGAAUCCUACGAGUACGGCGAGUACGAAGAGGAGGAAGAGGGUGAGUGCGCGGUCCCGGUGGCGCUUGAGAUCGACUCGGCCGUCGAGUUCUUCAACGCGUUGGUGGAGGCGCAGACUUCCCCGCGCUCCAAGUUGCUCCACAACGCCGUGUCGCACCGCGUCAAGCGCCGCUUCGAAGACGUCCUCAACUUCAUCCGCGUCGCGCCCGGCCACUGCCCCGAAGAAGUUCUCGCCAGCUGCGCCAACGUGAACCUGGUCUACGGAAAAAGACGCGCCAAGAUCACGGAAAUCAUCGAGGCCGCCUCGCAAAUCGUCCAAAAUAUCGAGGAACAGUGCGAGGGCGCCUCCUUUGCCGAGUUUUUCUUGAGCGUCCAUGGCAAAGCGGAAAAUCUUUUUUAA